GAGGAGGAAGAGGAGGCAGCGGAGAAGGGCGGCUGGACGCAGGCGCUGCGAGACGUGUCCCCCCCGCACUUCAAGGACAGCAGCGGUCCAACACGAAAAAUGCCCUUAACUGCCAGUGCCAUGGACUUUUUUCAGCUCUUUGUUCCUGACAACGUACUAAAGAACAUGGUGGUCCAAACCAACAUGUAUGCCAAGAAAUACCAGGAGAGGUUUGGCAGUGACGAUGCCUGGAUUGAUGUUACCUUGACAGAAAUGAAGGCCUUUUUAGGCUAUAUGAUAUCAACCAGCAUCCACCACUGUGAGUCUGUUCUCAGCAUCUGGAGCAGUGGCUUCUACAGCAACAGGAGCAUUGCACUUAUCAUGACACAGUCACGGUUUGAGAAGAUCCUGAAGUAUUUCCACAUUGUGGCCUUCCGCUCGAGCCAGACCACGCACGGCCUCUACAAAAUCCAGCCCUUUCUGGACUCUCUGCAGAACGGCUUCGACUCUGCUUUUAGACCUUCCCAAACCCAGGUGCUCCAUGAGCCCCUGAUUGACGAGGAUCCCAUUUUCAUUGCCACAUGCACAGAGAGGGAGCUUCGCAAGAGGAAAAAGAGGAAAUUCAGUCUCUGGGUUCGGCAGUGCUCGUCCACUGGUUUCAUCUGCCAGAUUUACGUCCAUCUCAAGGAAGGGAGCGGUGCUGACGGGCUGGAUGCUUUGAAGAACAAACCGCAGCUCCACAGUAUGGUGGCCAAAAGCCUCUGCCAGAACGCGUCUGGAAAGAACUACAUCAUCUUCACUGGCCCCAGCAUUACGAGCCUCAACCUCUUUGAGGAGUUUGAGAAGCAAGAGAUUUACUGCUGCGGGUUGCUGAGCGCCAGGAAAAGUGACUGCACAGGCCUACCUCCAACCAUGCUGAACAACCCUGAAACGCCCCAGGCCAGAGGGCAGUACAGAAUAAAAAUGAAGGGAAACAUGUCCUUGAUCUGCUGGUACAAUAAAGGGCACUUUCGUUUUCUGACUAAUGCCUAUUCCCCGGUUCAACAAGGAGUUAUAAUUAAGAGAAAAAGCGGAGAAAUUCCAUGUCCCUUGGCAGUUGAAGCGUUUGCUGCUCACCUUAGCUAUAUCUGCAAAUACGAUGACAAAUACAGCAAAUACUUCAUCUCGCACAAACCCAACAAGACCUGGCAGCAAGUGUUCUGGUUCGCCAUCAGCAUCGCCAUAAACAACGCCUACAUCCUGUACAAGAUGUCGGAGGCCUACCCCGUGUCGAGGUACAGCCGCGCGCAGUUCGGGGAGAGGCUCGUGCGGGAGCUCCUGGGCCUGGAAGACACCUCGCCCUCCCACUGACGCCUCGCUCGCCGCCGCACAGGCACAGCUGGAGGGGGAGCGGAGGGGAACACCACACCGGGAGCGGCAAAGCGGGACCUGGUGCCACCACCACUGCCGUCCUUAUCCAGGAAUGCCAAGUGACGACGCGAGGGAGGUGGAGACUGUCCUGGUAGCGGCUGGGUGUAGACGUGUCCUACGGAAAGUGCCGCAGGAAAAGCUGGCAGGAGAUUGCCUGUGUGAAUGCCCUGUGGGUAUCUGUACAUCAGAAAAAGGACUUAAAUCAGUCGUUUCUCAGUACUAUUUGUUGAACAGGGUCAUCUUGUAAAGUUCCUCCUGGGCUCAGAGCGUGGCCUAAGCCGACAUAGCUCAAAAGUCCCAGGUGGGCUUUACAAGAAAAUUCUUUAUGUUAGUUUGCAGGCCUCAGCUUAACUCUGGGAUGAGCAAUGCAAGCCUGUACCUUGGGCUGUGGUUGAGAGCACCCACCACCUUGCAAGGAGUCAUUGCUGUCCUCACAAUGUGCUAAGAGAAUCCGUUCAGAUUUACAAACACUGACAAGCAAGCGUCUUGACAAACAAAACCCUUAAGGGCAGGUAGCCAAGAACCAAUAAUUGGUAAAGACUUCCUUUUUUUU